AUGCCCUUGCCCUUGCCCUUCGCCUUAGUUAUCCCCCUCUUCCGAUAUGGCUCUGGGGCUCAAAACAGCUGGGCCCCACCCACGAGCGCGCGGGCUGGUGGCAGCCGAGGCCCUGCGCCCCAUGCAGCCCUGGCUUUUCCGGCAACGGCUGCUCGAGCUCGCCGCGGAGUACGAGGUUUUGCACGCGGGGGUUCGGCCCGACGGGACGCGCCCUGCCCCCCCGCUGCUGCGGCCGCUGGGCCCGGCGCCCGAGGCGCCGGAGGCCCCCGCCGAGCCCGCCGACAGCGGGGCGCCCGUCGGCUCGGAGGGCAGCUGCGAGAGCGCCCCGCAGCGGGCCGCCGGCGGCGGCCGCCGUGCCAAGCAGGUGGUCAACUGGAGAGCGCCUCCCUCACAAGUCGACCUUCCCUGCAGCCUCAGAUGUCUAGCCUUUAUCGGAACCUCAGAUUCGACGACAUUGACGCGAGGAAAACUGUUGACUCCAUCAGGGCGAGCUGCAGAGCCACUACGAUAUCGUCGCAGACAACGGAUACGAGAGCUCUGGCUUGGUUCGUGCAGAGCCGCUAUUUCAGCGUGGCGCUCGCUUCUCUGAUUAUCACGAGCGCUGUGUUGAUAGGCGUUGAGACCCAGGUUCUGUCCAUCAAAUCCUACCAAGGGUCGGACUCGGAAGAGAUGUUGGUUGCGUUGUCGUGGAUGAAUUACUGCAUCACGUUCCUGUUCACGUUGGAGAUGGUGGCACGACUGUAUGUGUUUAGAUUCCAGUUUUUCUUGAGCGAAACAAUGUGGAACUGUUUCGACCUUAUCAUUCUGAUCCUGGCGCUCGUCGAGGUUACUCUGGAGCUCGUUGUGCGCUCAUCCUCGAGCACGGACAGUUUCUUCGACAAUGGUGGAACAGCGAAGAUGAUGCGCCUCAUUCGCCUCACCCGGCUUCUUCGCCUCGUCCGCACAUUUCGCCAAUUGAAGCCCUUGAGGAUGUUGGUGCGUUCUAUCAUGGCCGCCGGCAAGUCUGUUUUUUGGGCGCUCCUGCUGCUUUUCAUGAUCGUGUACGCUUUUGGAGUCAUCUUGACGCAAGCUGUGACAGAGCAUACGAAAGGUGGUACGAAUAUCGAUGAUGAACGACUACGAACGCACUACGGCUCCCUUUUGCGAUCAAUGUUGAGCUUGACGAUGGCUGUCUCGGGGGGUAUUAGUUGGAUCGAGCUGACCACGCCCCUGGAGUUUGCGGGAAACCCCACGUGGAUCAUGCUGUUCUUGAUCUACAUUGCCAUCGCCUACUUCUUCAUACUGAACGUUGUGACAGGUGUCUUCUGCCAGAAUGCAAUCGAGGGGGCCCAGCAAGACUUGGACAUGAGCAUUGACGCCCAGCUGAGGGAGAAGCAAAUGCACGCUCAGCGACUAGGGAUGCUCUUCCAGGAGAUGAACGAAGACAGCGGUGCCAUGAGUGAUGGGAUGACAGUAGACGAUCUCAAUCUGCAGCUGGCCAAGCCAAAAGUGCAGGCACGGUGGCGUAUCUUUGGACAUUGA